AUGGGUGAUGUUAUGGUAGAUAACCCGGCCAACACCGUGGCGCCGCACAACAAGCCCAACCCGUCCACCAUCUCUAGCAUCGAGGCCAUCGAGGGCAUUCCAUCACAGGGAGGAGACGAGUAUGCCACAUUAAAAAAGCUACAAGGCCAUCUGGAGUACAUCCAGCUGCAGGAGGAGUACAUCAAGGACGAGCAGAGGAGCCUGAAGCGCGAACUCGUCCGCGCCCAGGAGGAGAUCAAGCGGAUUCAGAGUGUGCCCUUGGUCAUCGGUCAGUUUAUGGAAGCUAUCGACCAAAACACCGGAAUCGUGCAAUCAAGUACAGGCUCCAACUAUGUCGUGCGCAUCCUGUCCACUCUCGACCGCGAGCAGCUCAAGCCUUCCUCCUCAGUUGCCCUCCACCGCCACUCCAAUGCACUCGUCGACAUACUGCCUCCCGAGGCCGACUCGUCCAUUGCUAUGCUAGGCGCCGAUGAGAAGCCCGACGUGACGUACGCCGAGGUUGGAGGACUGGACAUGCAGAAGCAAGAGAUCCGCGAGGCUGUCGAGCUACCUUUGACCCACUUCGACCUCUACAAGCAAAUCGGUAUCGACCCGCCGCGCGGUGUCCUGCUGUAUGGUCCUCCAGGAACCGGAAAGACCAUGUUGGUCAAGGCCGUGGCCAACUCGACAACCGCCAACUUCAUCCGCGUGGUAGGCUCCGAAUUCGUUCAGAAGUAUCUCGGUGAGGGCCCGCGCAUGGUUCGAGAUGUUUUCCGCAUGGCCCGAGAGAACUCCCCAGCUAUCAUCUUCAUCGAUGAGAUCGACGCCAUUGCCACCAAGCGAUUUGAUGCCCAGACCGGUGCCGAUCGAGAGGUGCAGCGUAUCCUGCUGGAACUGCUCAACCAGAUGGAUGGUUUUGACCAGACUGCCAACGUGAAGGUCAUUAUGGCCACGAACAGAGCCGACACCCUGGAUCCCGCUCUUUUGCGACCUGGUCGAUUGGACCGAAAGAUUGAGUUCCCCAACCUGCGUGACCGCAGAGAAAGACGUCUCAUCUUCUCCACCAUUGCGAGCAAGAUGAGCUUGGCGCCCGAGGUCGACCUGGACAGUCUGAUCGUGCGGAAUGACCCCUUGAGUGGUGCUGUCAUUGCCGCCAUUAUGCAAGAGGCUGGCCUCCGGGCUGUCCGCAAGAACCGGUAUAACAUCAUCCAGGUCGAUCUGGAGGAUGCUUACUCCAGCCAGGUCAAGGCGACGAGCGAUGAGAACAAGUUUGAUUUCUACAAAUAA